GGGUAGGUGGGGUAGGGGGGAGUUAUCAAAGCAAAAAUCUACCCCCGUGGCACAGGUAACAGACGGUUUGGGGGUAGGUAGCCUGGUUCACACGCAACCUUUGAAUAACUACCUGUCCUGCUUCGCCCCUUCACGAGUAAUAAAUAUUUCCUCGCACGCAACAGGUGUAGCGGUUGUUGUUUGAACUGGCCAUGUUUUGUGUGUGAAUUGUUCUUUUUUUUUUUUUUUGGACAAGGUUUUCAUUCCGGGUUUUAGAAAUGUGGUGAACCCUGCUGUUCGAGUCUCGCCAGUUGCUGCCAGCGGGUAGAGGCGAUAGUUACAAACAGGAGGCCGAGAACGGGAGAGGGAGGCGAACCGCGGUACUGAACGCAGCGUGGUGUAGUUCUCUCACCUUGCUCUUCCAUCCCUCGUGAGCUCUUACUCCUUGGCUUCUGAAGCUAAAUGAUUGCAUCACAUUCUGGCACUCCUCCUCACAUCCCCUACCCCCCACACUCAUAUCCCAAACAUCCACCGACGUCUGCCAGCUUCGUGGGAACUCGAUGUGGUGCGGGGUGAUGGUGCAGGUACGUCAACAGUCGAGCCAGAUGAUGUCCAUUGGUUGAAGACGAGGUCGCCGUGGCUCAAUGUGGCGACAACCUGAAUGACGUCAGGGGUAAAAAAAUAAUUUUUGAAACACGACAACCUACAGGAAGUGGCGUCCGCGCAUGCUCACCCGGUGCUAAAUACGUUGCAGACAGCAUGGAAUAAACUAGAGUGGUGCUCCCGACGGCACGACCAGCAGAGCAGGAAGUUCACUUUUGAAGAGAACCUCGAUCAGAACUCUGGGGCAAACGCCCUCUACGUCACUUCCCCUCCCCUCAUGCUGCGCCUGACGUAAAGAAUGACGACGCAGGCCCAUGCUGGUCACGUGAUUCGUCGCCAGGAUGACGGCGCGAGCGCUGAGUGCGCUGAGUGUGCUGAGCCACUACGUGGAGACCGGACUGCAGUUUUACGUCCUGUUGAGCUUCUACGCGGACAACGUCCUGUCCUUCCCCGUAGUUCUGGUGGCGCUGUGUCUCAUCGCCACCGCCUUCGUGGGCAGCAACUGCGCGUCUUUCUUCCUGGAACUGAAAUUCCGUGGGGAGCCUGGCAACAGCAGCUUCCGCGUUCUCGUUGUCUGUGGGGGGCUGCACGUGGUGCAGCUGGGACUGGCAUGGCGCGUGAUUCGUCUGAUUUGUCGUUACGAAAAGCGAAACCAGUUCCACCUCGGGAUCCUCCGGCUGGUCCAUGUUUCCUUGCAGACGUUUCCCUACGUGAUUAUCGUGGGCCGCCCACUGGCCUCCGGUAGCGUGCCACCCCAGCCGCUGGCGGUGUCGUCGCUGGUGGUCUCCCUUACCUCGUCGGCGGUGGCGCUGUGUGCAUACGCGCUACGUCACCACCUACACGAAAGUCUACUGAUGGACAUCGUCAAGAUGAGAACCAGCAAACUACGGCGCUACCUCGGAACCCUUCUGCUGCUGACGGGGACCCUACUCUGCCUGGCCACCCGGCUUGCGGCGCUGGUCCUCAUGGCGGCAGAGUACAGCUUCUGGGCGUGUGUGCUUCCCAGCGUGCAUCUCGCUGCGUUCUUGACCAUCCACUUCCUGUUUCUUCGGCGUAAGAUGUGCCAGAAAUUGCGUCGAACACCGGUGUGGGAGCUAGUCCUGGCCGGGGUAGGCCUGUCCUACCUUCAAGUUUUCGAUUUGGUGGAGGUAGGCUUCCGGUCGCUGCAGUGCCGUUACGUCGCCUUCUACGCCGCCAUGCUGGUGGAGAAUGUCGUCAUGAUGGCCCUGUGGCUGCUCUUCUCGCCCGUGGAGUACAUCGCCAAGCUUCUGGUAGUUGUGGGCCUCUUGGUGAUCUUCCUGUGCGCUCUGGUCGUCAAGUUCACCAGCUGCGGUCUGGUAGCUGACCCAAGGGUCAGGGGCAACCCUGUCUCUGACUCCGCGGAUCUGGCAUCCAUCUUCCAGCGCCGCAGCCCCUCUCAGGAGGCUGGAGAGGUCGGUGAUGUGAUCCGCCACCGCCAGGAGAGAAGCGGCAACGGCUUCAACACCGUCAACGCCAGCAGCAGCAGUGGCCAGAGGAGCCUCUCGGUGGUGACCAUCAGUUCUCACAGCGGCGAUUGUUUCAGUCAUCGCUACCAUCGUCGUCGGCCCCAUCACUGCCGGCGUCACAGCGACUGCAGGCAGGGGGACACAUCACACACCACGUCCACUCUAGUAUCCGACGUCGCCACGUUGUCAACGUCGCAGGGACGCAGCAGCCGCACAGAUGCCGCUAUGACGAACAUCGUUCACUCAGACACAGGCCCGAGCAACAACGGUCCGUACUCAAACCCAGUCAGAUGUUUGCUUCACGGGGACAGUCGAAAUAAUUUGACGGAAGUCGUUAACACAUUCUUCCAUGGCUACACCCCUCGGAGGUUCUCCUCGCCUUCGGAUGGCGACCACCUCGACUGCUGUCUGUUUGAUGACCCGUUGUCUGCCUCCCAUGUUGUGACGUCGUUUGCUGAAAGCCGCCGGUUACGUAGUUCUGGAUCCUCUGGAGUCGAUGUUUCAGCUCUUCAGCUUAACCGAUCGCAUGUCCGAAAUACAAGCAUGUCCACCCAAGCUUCAGUAAAGAGACAGAGACACAAGGAGGUGCCGGCGCAUACGCAUGAGCAGACGAUAAUAAACGUUAUAUGUCUUCCUCGCGGAAAGGAAAUCAAAGAUCUGGCAGCUUCUACCUCUUCAGCAACGAGGAACGCUGGCUUGCUGGACACAAACCAAGCGGAGAGAUGUGUCGUCAAAAAGAGAAAAACGUUACCCGGAUCACUGGACAACCGCGUUAAAGCUCGGCGGUUUUCCUGCGACGCUCACAGAAUGCGUCAUAAAGCCUGGUCCGGCUUGAGGCAGUCGAGGUCAGAGUCUCUGAGGAACCACAAAGCCCCGAGCCCCCAGUUCACGUGGAGCACGUCCUCCACCCUGGACAGCCUUCAGACGUCGGUGGAGAAGUACGCCUCGUCUACCAGCAGCUCGUCCAGCGAGGAGUCCCCCUACCGGUGGCCUUCAGAGACGAGAGGUGCGAAAGAGAGUGAGCGAGCGGCCACGUGGCCCAGGAGAAAAAAACCAGCACCUGGCACACGUGAUCAUGACGUCAUCCUGCCACGCGAAGGUCUGUCAGCGCUGGACGCCGUGCGCCUGUGGUUGGACAGCGUGUGCGAUGACGUCAGCUUGGAGGUCGCAGAAGAAGGUCAGGCGAGGGCUUCAGGCUCCGCAGACUGCGCCGUGGUUAGUUCUGCUUUCUCGACAACUUCCGGUCAGACCUCCACGCCUUGCCCGGAAGCAGAAGAGCGCAAAAGGGGGAGCACUCGCACAAAAAGGCAGAGUUCUCGUGAGAAACAGGGGGACUUGGAACGUGCAGGUAAGGAUCGAAACGGAGUGACUCUACGUGAGACAUCUUCCACACCAUUUACUGGAACCCUUGUCUUCGACUGUCACUUCCGGUCGCCGUGUCCUUCCGCCGCUGACACGUUUCACACUGGGGAGCAGCUGAUGGAGGGUGAGCUUGGGGCGGACAUGGAGUGUGGACAUGUGUAUGAGCGUGAACUGCAAACAAAGUACACAUUUCUGCCGUUUGUUCAGCUUGACAUGUGUGAAUCCCUUGUGUGAAGUUAUCUGAGAUACAGUCAUUUGUGAUCAUUAGAACGAUUUUCGGUUUAGAAAAAAAAUCACUAUUCGAAUGAAACGUCCCGCCACGCGCGCUGAUGUGUGUAAUGCAUGUUUGAGUGGCCGGUUGUUUGUAGAGAAUAUGUAUGAAUUGUAUAUCAGAUUAAAAUAAUAUUUAUUUGCAGAGGCUGAAGAUAAAUACACCUGAUUGGUUAAUGAAAUCAACAAAGGGGAUAAAAGUCUCACGCCCAGCAAUCAUGUCCUCAUUGAGGAAGUCUUGAGGAAAUCAAAGUCUUCAAUGAUACUUACCUGCAUAGUGACAAAGAGUCAGACAUAUUAUUCACGACAAUAA